AUUAAUCAAAAAACAAGGUUUGGGAAGAAAGGAAAAUGAAUGGAAAAAGAAGGAGAACAGGAACAAGACGAGUAGGAAGGAACAAGAUGAGUAAGGAAAGGAACAAGAUGAGUAAGGAAAAGAACAAGAUGAAUAAGGAAAGGAACAAGAUGAGUAAGGAAAGGAACAAGAUGAGUAAGGAAAGGAACAAGAUGAGUAAGGAAAGGAACAAGAUGAGAAAGGAAAGAAACAAGAUGAGUAGGGAAAGGAACAAGAUAAAUAGGGAAAGGAACAAGAUGAGUAAGGAAAGGAACAAGAUGAGUAAGGAAAGGAACAAGAUGAGUAAGGGAAGGAACAAGAUGAGUAAAGAAAGGGACAAGAUGAGUAAGGAAAGGAACAAGAUGAGUAGGGAAAGGAACAAGAUGAGUAGGGAAAGGAACAAUAGAGUAGGGAAAAGAACAAGAUGAGUAAGGAAAGGAACCAGAUGAGUAGGGAAAGGUACAAGAUGAGUUAGGAAAGGAAAAUGCUCAGAACAAUGAAACAAUGCAUUUG